AUCGCCACCUAUUCAUAGAUCCUUCUCACUUCUAAAUCUAAUCCCUCCUUUAAUUAUAUGUAAGUGAGUUUAUGAGAGACUUUCCAAAAAAGAGUUUUAAGAGACUGGGAAAAGGCUAGGAUAGUUGUAUUGUGCUUUCUUUGGAUCACCUUGUAUACAAUCCGUGAUACAUAGAAACAUGGAAAUAUCUGAUGGUAUAGAAGAAGAUAAAAUCGAACAAAGCCAAGAGGAGGAAGUUCCUCAUCAACAACUCAAAGGGAAGAAACUUUCAUGUCAUAAGUUGCGAAGACACGACUCCUUAGACAUCGAAUCCAGCAGCAUACGAGGUCUUCAUGGCCAUGACUCCAAGACUAUGGCGUGGAAGGUGAUCUUGCACCUAGCAUUUCAGAGCAUCGGAAUUGUUUAUGGGGACAUUGGUACAUCACCAUUAUAUGUGUUUGAAAGCACCUUCACAAAAGGCAUAAACCAUAAUGAUGACAUUUUGGGAGUCCUUUCUAUGAUCUUUUACACCCUCACACUGAUCCCUUUGGUCAAAUACGUUUUCGUUGUCUUACGAGCCAAUGACAGUGGUGAUGGAGGCACAUUUGCUCUGUACUCUCUCAUAUGCCGAUAUGCAAAGGUCGGUUUGAUCCCUAGUCAGCAAGCUGAAGACCAGGAGGUCUCAAAUUUCAAGCUUGAUUCACCAAAUAACAGUCUAAAGAGGGCAUCGUGGCUUAAGUCUAAGCUAGAGAAUAGCCAGUUUGCAAAGCUCUUCCUUUUGUACGCCACCAUGCUUGGUACUUCCAUGGUGAUUGGAGAUGGUGUGCUCACUCCUUGCAUCUCAGUUUUAUCAGCUGUGGGAGGGAUCAAGAAAGCUACAUCUGCAGUGACAGAUGAUAUAAUUGUUUGGAUAUCAGUUGCCAUCUUGAUCUGCCUAUUCUCGAUUCAAAGAUUUGGAACUGACAAAGUGGGCUACACUUUUGCUCCAAUAAUUUGUAUUUGGUUUGCAUUCAUCGGUGGCAUUGGCAUUUUCAAUUUCAUCAAAUUUGAUCCAACAGUUGUCAAAGCUCUAAAUCCACAAUACAUUAUAGAAUAUUUUCAGAGGAACAAAAAAGAAGCAUGGGUUUCCCUUGGUGGCAUUGUCCUCGCCAUAACAGGAACUGAAGCCCUAUUUGCCGAUGUAGGCCACUUCACAGUUAGGUCCAUACAAAUAAGUAUGUGUUCAGUGACUUACCCCGCUCUCAUAUUCGCUUACACUGGACAAGCAGCCUUCCUUCGCAAGCACAUUGACCUUGUCGGGGACACCUUCUUCAAGUCUAUUCCUGGCCCUCUGUAUUGGCCAAUGUUUGGUAUAGCUAUAUUGGCAGCCAUCAUAGCUAGCCAGGCUAUGAUUUCAGGAUCUUUCUCUAUAAUCCAACAAUCAUUAUCACUGGGGUGUUUCCCUCGUGUGAAAAUUGUGCAUACAUCGACUAAGUAUGAAGGACAAGUUUACAUACCAGAGAUUAAUUAUCUUCUAAUGUUGGCUUGUGUUGCCGUUACUUUAGGUUUCAGAAGUACAACGAGUAUUGGCAAUGCAUAUGGAAUAGCAGUGGUGUUUGUAAUGACCCUCACAUCUUCCUUCCUAGUACUAAUCAUGAUAAUGAUAUGGAAAACCCACAUACUUCUCAUUAUCUCAUAUGUUCUUGUUAUUGGCACUGUGGAGCUAGUCUAUUUAAGCUCAGUCCUCUACAAAUUUGACCAAGGAGGAUAUCUUCCCCUAGCCUUUGCUGCAGUACUAAUGACUAUUAUGUAUGUUUGGAACGAUGUGUAUAGAAGAAAGUACUAUUAUGAGCUUGAUCACAAAAUCCCUCCAGAUAAGCUCAAGGAAGUUAUUACUGGCACAAACAUUAAUCAAAUGCCUGGACUUGCCAUCUUCUACUCAGAGCUUGUUCAGGGCAUUCCACCGAUUUUCAAGCACUAUGUUGCAAAUGUGCCUGCAUUGCACUCAGUCCUCGUUUUUGUCUCCAUCAAGUCACUACCUAUAAGUAAAGUUCCAACAGAACAGCGUUUCCUCUUUCGUCGAGUAGAAACUAAAGAGCACAAUGUGUUUCGUUGUGUUGUGAGAUAUGGAUACUUAGAUGUGCGCAAUGAGCACGAGCCUUUUGAGAAGAUGUUGAUUGAAAUGUUGAAAGAUUUUAUUGCUAAUCAAGUUUUUUGGUUGUCCCAAAAUGUGCUCAACAAUGAUGAAAAUGGUGGAGAAUUAGACGAUGGAGUAGUUGAUGGAGAGAAUGAAAAUAAGGAUGUAAAGCAAGUUGAUGAAGAGAAGCGACAAGAGGCAAUAGAGAAGGAGAUCGAGGCAGUGGACAAAGCAUGGUGUGCUGGGGUUGUCCAUUUGUUUGGUGAGAAUGAAGUUAUUGCACGCAAAGGAGCUGGUAUAGGAAGGAGAAUUAUAAUAGAUUAUGCUUACAAUUUCUUGAAGAGAAAUUUGAGACAGAGUGACAAAGUGUUUAAUAUUCCUCACAAGCGCAUGCUAAAAGUAGGCAUGACUUACGAACUUUAGAACUUGUUUUGACGGUGGUUGGAUGACACUUUGAUAAAUUUGUACAUAUAGAAUAAGCAUGGCAGUUUCAUGCACGAGCGUGACAGACAUAUAGGUCAUCUAGAUGUAAACCCUGAUAAUAUUUAUGUCAAAGAAGUUUAUGUA